AUGGAGAGAUCUCUAGAGACUGCAAGGCCAGUGGUUCUUGAAGCCUUGGCUCAGGCCUGCAGUCAGAAUGCAGAUAUUUUAAAACCAGCUGAACAGAAGCUUCAGCAGUGGGAGACUGAACCGGGAUUUUAUUCUAUUUUAACUGAUAUAUUCUGCAACCACACAAUUGAUGCAAAUGUCCGUUGGCUGGCAGCUCUCUAUUGCAAAAAUGGCAUUGAGAGAUACUGGCGAAAGACAGCUCCAAAUCUGAUUUUUACUGAACCUGUUCCACAGAUAGCAACACAGAUAGCCGUGUUGACAGCUAAAAUUGCCAGGCUUGACUGUCCGAGAAACUGGGAUUACCUCCUGCCAACUUUAUUAGCUGCAGUUAAGUGUGAUGUGGUGCUGGUGCAGGAGAGGGCACUGUUGAUGCUGCACCAUGUCACCAAGACCCUGGCUUCAAAGCGUCUUGCUCCUGAUAAAAAGUUAUUUGAGGAGCUGACGCAGGAUAUUUUUGCCUACAUGGUGAGUCUUUGGAGCUUAAACCUGGCCAGCUUUUUCCAACUGGCAGCACAACAUGAUGAAGCAAUGGCUGCAACUAUUGACAGAUGUAGACUUAUUUUGAAAGUGCUGAGGAAGCAGGUAGGCUAUGGUUUCAAGGAAGUACACAACAGUAGUGAUGCCAUGAACUUCAUUUCAAAUUUAUUCCCACAAUUGGAUGCCCUUCUUGACUGCCGUCGCAGUCUUUGGGGUCACCAUUCUAUGCUGGAAAAGUGUGAACUCAUUAUUACAUCAGUAACGAAAGUGCUAUUAGAUUUACUGGAAAUGCACCCAACAUCAUAUGUCCACUUCAUAAAAACAACGCUGACCUUUGUUGUCCAGUACAAUUUCACAGCUAAAGGUCUAUUGUUCGAAGGAUUUACUGUGAAUUGUUUCAACCUGAUGAAACAGAUCCUAUUUAGUGAUGUUUACAAGCCUAGGAAGAACAAGGAAGAGGAUAUCUGCCCUGUCACAUUAGAAGCCAGUGCUAUCAUUACAGAGUUCUUCACAUUUGAGACUCUAGCCGAAAUCUGCCGUAGGCUAGUGUCUGAUUAUUUUCUCUUAACCACUGAUGACCUUACAACAUGGGAUGCAGAUCCUGAAGAAUUCUGUCAGGAAGAAGGUGGAGAUUCCUAUAAAUAUUCUCUCAGGCCCUGCACAGAAACCUUGUUUCUGACCAUAUUCAAGACAUUCCGUCUGUCCUUAACUCCUGUCCUGCUGGAGAUGGUGCAAGCUGUCCAGGGACCAUGUGACCCAGAAGAUCUUGCAGCUGUUCUAAGAAAAGAUGCAGCAUACAAUGCUGUAGGCUUGGCCUCAUUUGAUCUGUUUGAUGAGAUUGACUUUGACACCUGGUUCACUACCCACUUGCUGCAGGAGCUUCAGAUCAAGCACAAAAGCUACCGUGUGCUGCGUAAGCGGGUUGUGUGGCUAAUGGGUCAGUGGGUUGGCGUGAAAAUGUCAGUGAACCUGCGCCCAGCUCUGUACGAAGCAGUGCUUGGCUUGUUAGACCCACAUGAGGACCUGGCUUACAUUGAGUCCUUGUUUUCACUGUUAUUUCAACUGCUCAAAGAAGUUCGAGAAUGUGAUACUAAG